AUGGCGUCUCUCAAACAGACUGCCCGCUCCUUCACCCUCAACUCGGGCGACCAGAUGCCCGCCGUCGGCCUCGGCACCUGGCGCUCCAAGCCGUCCGAGGUCCGGGCCGCCGUCGAGGCCGCCCUCCGCGUCGGCUACCGACACAUCGACACGGCCGCCGCCUACGGCAACGAGGCCGAGGUCGGCGCCGGCAUCCGCGCCUCGGGCGUCCCGCGCGACCGCAUCUGGCUCACCACCAAGCUCAACAACCCGGACCACCGCGACGUCGCCGCCGCCCUCGACCGCAGCCUCGACCGCCUCGGCACCGCCUAUGUCGACCUGUACCUGAUGCACUGGCCCAGCUCCACCGACCCGGCCGACCCCAAGCGCCACCUGGCCGACUGGGACUUCCGCGACACGUGGCGCGAGAUGCAGAAGCUCGUCGGCUCCGGCAAGGUGCGCAACAUUGGCGUGUCCAACUUUGAGUGCACCAACCUCGACAAACUGCUGCGCGACCCGGCCUGCAAGCUCGUGCCCGCCGUCAACCAGGUCGAGCUGCACCCGGGCUACCCGUCGCCCGAGCUCGUCGCCUUGAACGCGUCCAAGAGCAUCCACAGCACCGGCUACUCGUGCCUCGGCUCCCAGGACUCGCCGCUGUACCGCAGCGCCACGCUGCUCGGCAUCGCAAAGGCCAAGGCCAAGACGCCCCAGCAGGUCCUGCUUAUGUGGGGGCUGCAGAAGGGCUGGAGCGUUAUCCCCAAGAGCGUCACCCCGGCCCGCAUCGAGACCAAUUUCCAGCUCGACGGCUGGAGCCUGAGCGACGACGAGGUCAAGGCCAUUGACGGAAUCCGCGACGCCGAGGGGGCCUUCAAGGUCUGCGACGACGCGUGGCUGCCCGUCCGCGUCUUUGACGACAAGUUGAAGCAGUGA